UUACCCACCUCCCGGGGGUCAAUACCCACCUCCCCAGCAAAUGCAGUAUGCUCCCCCGCAAGAGCAGUCGCAGUCCAAGGACCGUGGGUGUCUCACCACCUGGUAUGUGCUGACCUGGACCCGAGCGGACCUGACUUUGGCUAACUGCUCUCAGUCUUCUGACCAUGUGCUGUUGUUUUCUCUGCGAGGAGGCCUGCGAGUGCUGCUUCGAGAUCGUGGAAUGCUUAUGUUGUGGAUGCUAGUCGCGGUGCUGUACUAUACCAUUGUUUGAGAUUGAUCCUGCUUCUGCU